AUGCUCUCAUUCCGCUUCGAGAAACUGAACGCCUUUCAAGGCAAGUCAGCUGCCAUCAAGCGACCACGUGAAAUCACCGUGUUUAGUUUCGACGACUCGCACAAGCAUCACCUCGACGGCCGCAGCCUGCGCUACUACUAUCCACCAUUUGUGCAGGUCCCAUACAUCACCGAAAAGAAUCGUAUCGAUCUCUCGCAGGGGUUCGAGACGUUCAUCAAGCACGAUGAUAGCGUGAAUCUUCACCUCAACCCGCUGCUCGACACCAUCCAGCACUACGAGGAGCAGACGGGGGCCAAGCUGAAGGCAGACAUACUGACUUGGCGUGGCAUGAUGACGAAAAUCUUCAUCGCCCCUUUCGACAUGUUUGGCGAGUUUGAGAUGAACGCAACUUGCUACCAGAAUCAGCUAGCCAAAGCAGCCGAGUGGAAGAGCAAAACCCAACGAGUUAGUAGCUCGUUGGAGAAAAUGCAGUUCUGGGGCUACAAAUUCGAGACGCUCGCCACGCUACCCAAGCAGUGGCAAGACUGCACACGCGGCGAGAUCGAGGGCAGAGACACCGAAGUUGUCAACAACAACCCGCAGUACUGUUCAGUCGUCCGCACUGGCAUCGGCAAUCAUACUAUCGUAAUCGGUGGCGAAGUUGAUGCCGUCGAAGGAUGCAAGCCAGACGAUCCCAACGAUUCCAUCCCAUACAUCGAGCUGAAAACGAGCGAGGACUUUCGCGGGGACGACGACUUUGCGGCGAAGAAGUUUGAGAGAAAGAUGUGCAGGUUCUGGGCCCAGAGCUUCCUUCUUGGAGUACCAAAGGUAAUUAUUGGAUUUCGUAGUAAAGACGGUCAUUUGCAGCGGCUGGAGGAGUGGAAAACUAUGGACAUCCCAAGUUUCGUCAAGAAUCGCGGAAUGCGGACUUGGGAUGGUAACGUGUGUAUUAACUUUGCAGCUGCUUUCCUGGACUUUCUCAAGCAACACAUCAACGACGAAGGCACCUGGACGAUCGAGCAGAAGAAGGGCGACAAGCAGAUUCUACUGUCCAAGAUUAGCGACGAGUACAGCCGGGACAUUGUUAGUACCAAAUUCCGAGAGCACCGGGCGACCUUCCAGUUUAAAGCGACGUGUGAGGCGAAAACACAAGAGUAG